GUCGCCGCGGAGAUGGCGCGGCACGUGCGGUGACGGCGCCCGCGCCCGGAGGGUCCCAACCCUGCGCCCGGCGUCUCCGGGAGAACAUGGAGCACCCGGAGCCCGAGCUGAUCCGGCAGAGCUGGCGGGCGGUGAGCCGCAACCCGCUGGAGCACGGCACCGUCCUGUUCGCUAGGCUGUUUGACCUGGAGCCUGACCUGCUGCCCCUCUUCCAGUACAACUGCCGCCAGUUCUCCAGCACAGAGGAUUGUCUCUCCUCCCCCGAGUUCCUGGACCACAUCAGGAAGGUGAUGUUCGUGAUUGAUGCUGCAGUGACCAAUGUGGAGGACCUGUCCUCACUGGAGGAGUACCUUGCUGGCUUGGGCAGGAAGCACCGGGCAGUGGGUGUGAAGCUCAGCUCCUUCUCGACGGUGGGGGAGUCCCUGCUCUACAUGCUGGAGAAGUGUCUGGGCCCUGCCUUCACACCAGCCACACGGGCUGCCUGGAGCCAGCUCUACGGGGCUGUGGUACAGGCCAUGAGUCAAGGCUGGGACAGAGAGUGAAAGGCGACCCCUGCCCGGUGGCCCCCAUCUGUUGGCAUCUGUCUGUUGGUCUGUAUUCUUGUAGCCCAGGCUCACCCAGUCCUCCCUGCAUCUUGGUCCUUGUCCCCUUGGCCAUACUGGAGGAGGGCUGGGUCUCAGCUCCUACCCCACCCCCGACUGCAGGAUGAGUGGCUUUUCCUUCAGGAAGGGGCUCCUGGACUCCCCCCCAUCCGCAAUACCCUCUUCCCUGACAGGCUUUUUUCCUCUCUGGUCCCCCUCCUGCACCACGCAGAGGAGCACAGUUUUGGUGGCAGAGGUGGCACAGGGCCGGGAAGGUACAGGGCUGAGAGAGUGGGGUUCUACUGUCUGUCCUCUCUUCUCAGGUGAGCCUGGGCCGAGCUGAGGGGUAAGACGGCUGAGCUUCAGGCACCUUCCAUCUUGUCUGCCCAGGCCAUUGGAUGCUUUCCUACCCCAAGAGUGUUUGAUUCUCACAAAUAAAGAGAAAGAGCAGCUUUAGCCUUCAUGGUGGAAUCACAGGCAAUUGAGCACUGCCAAGGAAGGGAGGUGACCUGGGUCUGCAAUGGGGCCCAUCUGGGUCUCAAGGGCUGCUCAGAUGCCACCUGAUAGAGUAAUUUUUCUUUUGCAGUAUUUCCCUUUCCCUCAUUCAGCACUUCUGGUGGGAGCCCCCGCUAGCCAGCCAGGGUGGUAAAGGGUGACUUCAUUGCAGAGAGAUCUUCCUUUCUGCCUCAGCCUGCACCUACUGUGGGUCCACAGCUCCCCAUAUUAAUACCUGCCAUGUGCCUGAACUUAGGCAGAUG